AAGCGCGCGUCUAGUUCUAGCGCUUAUUGCAACACACCUGAACACGUCAAGGUCUCAUCCUACAGACGAAUAACUCAUUAUCAACCAAAUCAUAGAAAUGGACCACUCACAUCACGAUCAUUCAGCUCAUGCUGCUGUGGACCACGAUAUGGCCAUGUGCAGCAUGAAUAUGCUGUUUACUUGGUCCACGAAAAACCUCUGCAUCGUCUUCAGAGGCUGGCAGAUUACCUCUACAUUUUCUCUAAUAUGGUCUCUUCUUGCCAUUGUUGCCCUCGGUGCCGGUUACGAAGCCUUACGCAAUAUUACAAGACAGUACGAGAUAAGAGUUGCGGAACGAUUGGAGAACAUGCCUCACGGCGUGGUUACAGAAUCAAGCUCAUUGCUUGCGCCAGGGAAGUCGAGGGCACAUGUGGAGCAAUCAACCAAGAUUGUGAAAGCGUUUUUGUAUGCGCUUCAGGUCUUUUAUUCAUUUUUUAUCAUGCUUUUAUUCAUGACAUACAAUGGUUGGAUCAUGAUCGCGGUAGCGGUCGGCGCGUUCGUCGGAUAUCUGCUCUUCAGCCCGGGACCGGCGACCAAAACAGUGGCUUGUCAUUAGCGGAUGAAACUCUGAAUAUCGAAAACUAGGCAUGACUAAUGUAGAACAGUUUGAAGGCAUCUCAUAAUUCAUGCUUUUCAGUCCUGAUCAGAUGAAACGUAGAUUUGCUCUUUAUGGGAACGGCGCUUACGAGGUCAUCCCAAUUCGAUGUAAAACAAAUGCGACUGUACCCAGUAGAUGUCAAAAUCGCUUAACAUUGAUGACACUUGGCUGCGACGCGUAAUAUACUACAUGGAAAAAGGAAGUCUCCUGAAUCGCCUAGUAUUUUUAUGAAUAUUACUCCUCAGCCUCC